UCGCGCUACGAGCGAAUUCGCCAAAUGUGUGGAUAAUUUGACAGUGUGAAAGAGGGACGAUAUAUCGGCGUCCGCGUUGCGUGGAUUUUUUUUCCGAAUUAACAAGUGGUUAAAAUUUGAAAAAAAAUUCAUCGGCGGUUUGAGUUAUCGAUAAAUUAAAUUUCGCGCCAGACGUUUUUCCGUCUAAAUUGUCGAGUCGAAGUCUGGCAGACGUGUUGUACACACGACAAAGAUGGCGGUUGUCUGCUGACGUUUCUAUCAUUGGAAACGAGUGCCGAUUAAUCAACGACACGGCUCAAAUGAGCGAGAUAAAACAUCUGGAUAUUUAAUUAGCCCGCUGGAAUAACGGUAACAAAGAAAAUUGUACAAACGAAAAAACGUCAAGAUGAUGAACAUGUGGAAAAUGCGUGAGCUUAUGGAUAAAGCGACAAAUGUUGUGAUGAACUAUACAGAUACCGAAGCCAAAGUAAGAGAAGCCACAAAUGAUGAUGCCUGGGGUCCGACAGGUGCCAUGAUGCAGGAAUUAGCACAAGCCACUUUCACAUACGAACAAUUUCCAGAGGUAAUGUCUAUGCUCUGGAAACGAAUGUUGCAAGAAAAUAAACGCAAUUGGAGACGAACGUAUAAGUCGUUGCUGUUGUUGAAUUACUUGGUUCGCAACGGCUCCGAACGCGUUGUAACAUCAUCUCGGGAGCAUAUCUACGACCUGAGAUCGUUGGAGAAUUACACGUACAUAGACGAGUUUGGCAAAGACCAGGGUAUAAACAUUCGGCAUAAAGUUAGAGAGCUGAUAGACUUUAUUCAAGACGACGACAAGCUAAGAGACGAGAGAAAAAAAGCCAAGAAAAACAAAGACAAGUACAUCGGCAUGUCCAGCGAAGCGAUGGGCAUGAGAUUUGGUGCUGGCGAUAGAUGGAACGACAGUCCAAAGUGGAACAAACCUGCCAUAGAUGGGUACAACGAUUGGGACAGAGAAAGUAAAGGGAAAGGUUUCGAGGACGGAAAUAACAGCGAUGACGGAGAGAGAGAAGACUCGGACAACGACACACCUUCGAGUCCGAGGCGCAGCGGCAGAGAGUACAGAGACACGACAGAGACCAUUGACAGAAUUGCUAAAAGUUCCCAGCCUUCCACGCCGUCAGGGAAUCAGUCCCCGGCUAAAACGCCGCGAGUUUUCAAAAAGGUUGACCUGGGAGCGGCAGCCCACUUUGGAAAGGACCAGUCCAAUAACAGCACACCAGUAAAACAGAGUAACCUAAUGUCGUCGCCGGUGAAAGAACAGAAAAAUAAAAACGACAUCUUGAACGAUAUAUUCGACUCGCAGAGUGAUGUCGUUAGUCCCAAUAACGAAGACGACGACUUCAAUCCUAGAGGGAAUAAUCACACGGCGGGACAGCCGCAGAGCGCAAAUACGGAUUUUGGCGAUUUUGCCAGCGCGUUUGGCGGCUCAGCGACAAAAUUGUCAAACGACGAAGGCACUGAUGAGUUCGCCGAUUUUACAUCAGCUUUUGAUGCCGGUGUAAAUAUUGCCAGUUCUAACAAUCAACAACCUCAGAUUUCGCUACUUGGUGCUACGAUACCAAACAUCGGUAAUCCGAUGACUGGAAAUUCGAGCUCUCCCUUAUCAUCGUCGCAAAAUAUCACCUCCCCUGCCUUUGGUACCUCAAUGAUACAGAAUUCAGCGAUAGGAAAUAAUCUAUACAACUCUCUACCGCCUCAAGGACUCGUGAAUCAAACGCAGUCUUUAGUUAACAGCAAUAAUAAUCCAGCGUCUUCGAACACGGAUCUCCUAGCAGAUUUGGGUGGAUUUAGUUCGCUACCAACAAUACCGCCAAUGGGAACAAACAUGAACAAUGCGAAUCUAUUCGGUAGCGCAAAUUCGACGCCGAUUAAUCCACUUGAUUUCAAUUCAGGUCCGAUGAGCAUGACUGGAAGUACGACUCUUCUGACGCCAAUGUCUACAAGUGCAAAAGGCCAACCGACGACUGGUGUCAACACAACGCCAGUUGGAUCAACGUGGGCUGGCGCUGGGCUGAAUAUUGAUUUGGACAACAUAAUGGGCAGCAAAACGAAACAAUCCGGGCCAGCACCGACGAUGAAUCAACUAGCAAGCAAUAGUCCGCAACAUCAACCGAAAGGCAUAGAGGAAUUUGUUUCAGCAGCAGUGCCGAACAUGGGUAUGAUUUCGCCAACGAUCAAUCCGCAACAGCAACAGCAACAACAACAGACUAACAUUGGAUUUUUCCCCGCAUUUCAAUGAAGCAUUUAGUUCGAUCCAAACAUAACUGAACGACUCUUCUUCCAACAAGAAAUAUUAAAUUAACUGAGCAAUUUAAUCGGUAAAGGCUUGCUGUACUGAAAAAUUCCACCGAUUAUCCAAGUUCUAAGAUAAUCGCGAUUUUUUAAUUCAGUUAAGAAAUUAACAAAUUGGUGGUAACAACUUUUUUAAAACAUGGUGCGUCGCGAUCAAUAAGUUUUUAUCGUAAUCGAAGAAUUGAAUAACAAAAUUUAAAAAAAAAAAAAAAAACAAUUUUCAAUCAAGAAUUGGAAAUACGGCGCUGAAAGUGUUGAGAACAAGGAACAAAAAAAAAAAACUUGUUUUUAUUGCUACUGUGUGCGUAUUAUUUUUUUUUUGUAUACUAGAAAUUUAUGUACAUAAAUAUCUGCGCGUAUGAAUGAUUAAUGAAGAAUGCCAAAGGCCUUCGGUUACAUGCUAUAGCAGGUCUAUAUAUUUAGAUAGGUGAAAGAAAUUUGUACGAAAAAUCCGUGAACAUGAACAAUACUGCGUUGGGUAGAAUGAAUGAUUGAGAAAAAGGAAAAAAGAAAAAAACAAAAAAAAAAAAAAACAACAAUUCAUAAAAAAUUAAUUACGAUAAGGAUGAUCGCAAAAAAAUUGUAAAUCACUUUGGUUUGACGAAACGAUUAUUGCAAUGGCAGCUGUUUAAGAUACUCUUCAAUAUUGUGAUGUUAUAUGUAUAUGCUUUGAAAAUAUCAACUAUACUAUUCAGGGAAACUAUCGAUACAGAAUAAAAUUUAAUCGCGCUCUCGCAUAUGCAGCUUUCAAGGUGUUAGUAGACAAAACCGAAAUGACGUUACUACUCCUCGCAGGAUAUAAUUUUUAGAAACAACUAGAGUGAAAUCUAAUGAAAUAUUGCAUUUACCUCAACUGAAUUCGAAGUUUUCAAAUUAGCAUCUUUUAGCUGAUUCGUGUACAAAAUUUAACGUGUACAUGCGCAUAAUUGAACAACAAAAAAAAGUAACGUGUAUACAAUACAGGGUGCCUCGAAAAAAAAAAAAGAAAAAAAAACAAGAAAAAAAAUAUGUUUCUUUUUUGUUGAAAAUUAUCUUUCAACGUUACCAUGAUAUUAUUAUUAAGUGUUCGAUUUAUGAAAACUGUGCAAACAGAUUAUCGCAGAAUAUUCCAAUUGAUUAUGAAAACGGUUUAUCGAAUAAACUGAAUUGCACAGCUUGGCAUACUUUGAUCUUGAUCUCUGAAGCGGUCGUGAAGUUGCAAUUUACUGGUCGCUAAAGAGAUUUCAAAUCAGCAAUAGCAAUAAAGAUUUAUCAUUGAAACGACAUUAGACAUAGACGAUACGUCACGGUAUGUAUGAAAAUACCAACACAGUUAAAUUGUCGUUUUGCUGAAUUCACUUUCAACAUGUAGCGUAAGAUGUAUAUAAUGCUACAAGACCUGUCGUAUCGUAAUAAAUAGCGAGUAACAGGUACGAGUAUAAAAAAAAUAGGUUUUUCCGAUCAGCGAUGAAUACGUGCUUCCAUGGCACAAACCUAAUUUUUUUUUUUUUUUUUCUGCCAUUAAUAUUGCAUGUGACAAACCGUACACGUGGAUUGGACAGAUAACGGUGAAAAUGUAAGAACAAUAUUAUAAUAUACAUAUUCUAUAAAAAUGCGAGAAUGGUAUACGUAAUGAAUGAAUAAGAUAAAUAUAUGAUAAACGAUAUAGACUUUCGUCAAGUUAGCACAAAACCGUAGCGCAAUAGUGUAUAAAUUGCAGCAAAUUUAAAUUUGACAUAUUUGUUGAACGAAAUAUCAUUUAUAUACUUAUAUACAUAAAAAGAAAGCAAAGGUAAAAUGUAUGAUAUACCAAAUCUUGUUUGAUGCAAUUAAUGGGCCCACCGUUGUUCAUCGGUGACCAUGAAAAUUGCAUAUAUCGCGUACCCGAAGCUGUGAAAUGUUUGAUGACUACCGUUAUACGAAAAUUUAUUUCAUUAUUCUAUUACGAAAUAAAAAAAACAUGCAUCAUGGAAGAAAAACAAAAAAUAAAAAUAAAAAAUGAAGGAGCUAUUCCUUUACAAUAAUUAAAUGACGAAAUGCAUAUCUUACAGAUUAAAAGUGAUUCGAAUCGAUCUUUGUUUUAAAUGAAGAGAAUAAAAUAAAUAAUGAUUAAUAGUUAGAUCGUUAAGAACAGGAGAAAUAAAUAAAUAAAAUGAGUAAGAAUAGCCUUAUUUUCAAACAGGAAGCUAACAUGUUAGAUAUAGUUUAUGGACUUUGCAUGGACUAAGAUAAAAAAAAAAAAAAAAAAAAAAUUAUGAUCUUUGUUCGCAUAAAUUUCCCACAGAUAGUUAGAGCCCUUGGAUAAACGGUCCUGAUGUAAAGUCCACGAGUUAGCAAUAUAUCACAAUCCUAGGAUAAUUUUACUCAUAUUUUAAACCCUUGUAUUUCAUAAUUGUAUAUGUAAAACUUUUUAAUUCACUUUCUUUCUAAUCUACUUUCCUAAAUUCAUGUCAAGCAGGAUUAAUUAGUUUAAUAAGAGAACCCCCCCUCUGUUUGAUUGAAAAUAUUAUUUAGUUCAAAUUCGUGAACGAUAUGACAUACACACGUUUAGAAAAUAUGUACCGAAGAAAAAAAAUUUCCGCCUCGAUUAUACAUUUUUUGUUUUAAAUUUACGCGCAACAUAGUUUUGCGGUUGUAACAUUUUUCCGUUAUCUUUUUUUUUUUCUCAUCACACCUGUCUUACAUUGAGACUGAACUGCCCUAUAUUAUUUUUUCCAAUUUAUGUAUGUACCUGUACCUACCUACCAAUGUAUAAUAUCUUCUCAUCUACAUCACAUGCAUUUAUUAAUAUACAGGGCGAAAUAAAUAUA